UUCCCUUUUUAUCAAGAAAGGAAAAGUAGAUUCUGAUUCUUCGUUUUGAAUAAAUUUUCCAUUUCUUAUAUAAAAAUAUGUAUCUUAUUGGGGAUUGUUUCAUUUUGGAAACUUGAGUUGAGUCUACACCUCAUAUGAAAUUUGAUAAAGUACAAGAAAAAUAGGAAGGGAUGAUGAAAAGAACUUCAUUUAGUCACAAGACGCGGCAUAGUCUCUCUGAUAUCACUAACUCUCAGUCUCAAGACGAGCUUAAUCAUCAACAAACUGAUUUAGACCGGAGUGAACAAGUAAACCGUCUGAUAAAGGAGAAUGUAGCAUUGGUUAAGCUUCUUGAGGAAAGAGACAAAACAAUUGAGUUAAGCAGAUACGAACUGAGGAAUCUACGUGAAGGCAUUCACAAAUUGAAAGCGCAAAAUUGGAGUCUUGCUCAAACCAAUUCCCUGUUUUUAGCUGAGAUCAAUUUAGCUAGAAACAAGGUGAAAGCUUUGAACCACGAGGUUACUUGCAAAAAUGCUUUGCUUAAGGCUACAACAUAUUGUGAACUAGAGAAAGACGAAAACACACAACCAAGAAAUUCACCAACAGCUAAGAAUGUGCUUGAAAUUUCGGAUGACGAACCUUUGGUACCAAACAGAAGGCGAUACAUCAGAAGGAACAAAUCCAUAGGAGCAUCAACAACUGCCCACAAGAUAGAGGGAGAAAAGGAGAAAUCAGAAACCAAAAGGAGGAGGCAGUUAAGAAGGAAAUCAGCGAGAGUGAGAUCAUCAGCAGCAACACAAGAAGUGACUGAUAAUCUGUUUGAGAUCGAAGAUCUUCAGCUUACAAUGCCUAAUAACACGUCUCAACAAGAUAACUUGACAUUGGCAUCAUCACAUAAUCCAAACAAGAAAGAUGAUGAUUUAAAAAGAAGAGUUACAAGACAUCAAGAUUGUAACGCUUGUCGAUCGCCAAUGGAUCGACUAUUUCGUAGAGCAGUUGAGAGGAUACACUCUUACAGUACUAUAACAUAAUGUCUUCAUAUUAGAGCAAUAGUUAUGUUUUCAGAUUCUGCGGAGACUCUUUACAACAAGUUUCGUUGUCUUUACCUGACAAAAAGUUUCAUUGUCUUUAGUAGAUGCAAACUAACAAGUUGCUUUUUUUUU